CACAUCAAUAUUUUCAAAAACAAAAUAAAGCAAUAAAAUAACGCAAAUAAUUUUUUUAGGAAAUUAUUAAAGAUUUAAGUGAUAAAAUGACUGUUUUUAAAGCGAUAUAGUCAAUAAUAUCAAAGAUAAGAUGCAUCUCGAAGGAUAUAAGUAUUGGUUGGCAUACAAAAAAGGUGCAAAAAGCUAUUACCGAUGUUCCCGCUCAAAAUCACAAAAAUGUCCCGGCAAAAUAAUCAUGGAAAAUUUCAAGGUCAUAUCAUCAAUUCCACACGACCAUGAAAAGGAGGUCCGCAACAAUGCAGUUGAAAGAUUUCGUCGAGUUUUAACAAAAAAGGCAAUUGAGAAGCCGAAUAAGCCACUAGUUGAUAUCUACUUGGAAGAAACAGUCAAUCAUAGUGAGGCAUCAAUAUUGUAUCCAUUUACGCAAGCUGAGAGCACAAUGAGGAAGGCAAGAUCCAAAGACUUAGAUGAAAAGAGAAAAAUUGAGGAUGAAAAGAAGAAGGCUGACCAGAAAAGUGAAACUGAAAAGAUUUAUGAAGGAAAUGUGAGUCAAAUUGAAGAGGUUGGCCGUAAAAAUGAGGAUAAAAUUCAAACAACAUUGACGCAAAUUGAAACAAAAUUCAUAAAAAUGGACAGGUUGGAGACAGAAAUGCAGAAUAGUGAGAGCAAGUACAGAAGAUUUGAGCAUCAAUCGAAAAAUUUCGAGGGAAGUUUACAGAAUUUCGAUGAAAAACUUCAAAAUAUUGAGAAAAAGUUGCACAAUAUUCAAGAAAAAAGGGACAAAAUUGAAGGAAAAGCUCAAGGCAGAGCCAAAAAGUCCCCAAAACCACAUCAAGUCAGCACAUCCAAGACUAAUAAUCAUCAAAAAUAUUUUUACAUAGAAAAUAUCAGCGAAGAUGCUAAAAUAAUUCUUAUGAAUCAAGGAACAUUAAGUUCAUUGGGUAAAAUUGAGGAAAUCCACAUAGAUUGUGGCAUGAAUGUUGACGUUAAAGAUGAAAUAAAUGCAGCUGAAGCAAAAACUGCCGAAAAGACAGACACAAAUCUCCCUCAGAAUGUCGAUCAAAAUAUGUUCAAUCAGUGUCAGGAGCUCUCAAACUUAUCAGAAAUGUCGUUCCUACAACAAAACUUUGCAUACUCUAAUCCAAUUCCUUUAGAAAGCUAUGACAAUAUAAAUUUAGUCUAUGGCAAUUUUGAGCAAGGCGAAAAUUCACAAAUGAUUCAGACAAUUGAGUUUACAGCUUGUAGUUCUAGUGACAAUUACUUUAGUGAUACUUAUCAACCAUCAAAGGAUGUCAAUGUGACAUCUGGACAGUAUUUUACCUCUAAAAGUGAUGAGCAUCAAGUCAUGAACAUAGAUUACGAACCUCAGAAGGAUCCACAACAAAUGAACAUUGACUUUAGUGCUGCUGACCUGCAAACACAAGAUUUUAAUGUAGAUUUUGGCGGGAAAUCCUCAGCUGACUUUGCAUUUGGACAAUCAAGUCAAGAGAUACAAAAAGAAUCAGAAUUUGUGGACCAGACUCAAUAUUAUGAGGAGUUCUUGGUCAGUUGCAGUGAAAAUUCUGACAAUUCAUCACAAAAUCAGUUUAAUGUUCCUCAAAGCUCCAUAUCAGAUGGUCAAAGUUCAAGGUCAAGUUUUCCAAGUGCUGCUGUAACAGGACAUUCAAUGGAAACACGUUCUAGAAUUCAACAUCCGGAACUGCUGAAAAGACUAAGCCAAAAGUCUAAAAAAGUCACAAAACCUACCUCAGAACCGAAACAUAACCUCAAAUUUAAAAAUAAUCGUUACCAAAUCUUGACAGUCGUAGCAUUAAUCAAAGGUCGUGACUGUCCAAUUGCGAUUGGUAUCAUAAAAUCGACAGAUUUCGAAAUAAUUCAGCAGUUCCUUAAUUUUUUGAAAUUAAAAAUACCGUUGAAUCCAUCAACAAUUCUAACAAGUCAGAAUGAAGUCAUUCAACAAUCAAUUCAGGAUAUUUGGCCGGAAUCGACCAUGAAAGUUAUGUACUUUUAUUAUGCACAGUCAGUCCUCGAAAAUCUUCAGAAAAAUUUCACAGAAAUCUCAAAAAAUAUUUUCGAAAUUUCAAGCCUCAAAAUGAUUUUGUCGAUGCCCUUAAUUCCAACGAACUACGUCAUUCCAGGCUGGGAGGCACUGCGGAAGUGGAUGAAUGAGAAAAAUGUCGAUCUCGAUGGACUUUGUGAUGAUGUCUACACCAAAUGGCUAGCUGAUAAUGCUGAAAGAAUUUCAAUUUUUAAUGGCUUGACUCACAGCAUCAACAACCACACGCAAGUGUUUCAAAGUGAACUGAUUAAUAGUUUUGAGGCAGUUCCAAUGAAAAGUGACAAUUUAAUUGACAAAAUUUCACGGCAAGCGACAAAAAAUUUCAUAAAAUUCACAAAAACCAACGAAAGUUCAGCGAAUAAAAUUCAAAAAUUACAAAAAACUGUUAAAAUUGCGACAAAAAGUUGGAUUUCAUCGCCGUUCCAUUUAAGACGUCCAAUUCAGUUCCUACAGCAGGUGUCGCACUGCAUCGAUGAUGGAAUGAUUAAUUUUGUGAUGAAUUUUGAUGGAAAUUGUUGUGGAGAUAAAAAAAUGGAACCACCGCCGUUGAUAUUUUUUGAAAAAGAGGGUACGGGUGGGGUUAAAAAGGGUGAUGUGGGGAAAAGGAAAGAAAAUUUACUGUCAAGUGAACCGCCGCCUUUGGUGCCAAUCAGACGAUAAUGCAACACUGGAAGAUGCAAAUUGGGAGGGGGGAAACAG